AUGGUUGUGUGGACCGACCAGGAGCGUGCCUGCAUCCAGGACAUUUUCAGCAAGCUGAAUUAUGAGGAUGCUGGCCCCAAAGCUUUGCACAGGGCCUUGGUUGUGUAUCCCUGGACUCAGCGGUACUUCGCAAGUUUUGGAAAGCUGUACAAUGCAGAGGCCAUCAUGUUCAAUCCAAAGGUGGCAGCCCACAGAGUUGUUGUGCUCCACGGGCUUGACAGAGCCAUGAAGAACAUGGAUGAUAUCAAGAACACCUAUGCCGAACUGAGCGUGCUGCACUCCGAGAAACUCCACGUGGAUCCUGACAACUUCAGGCUUUUGGCCGACUGCCUCCCAAUAUGCUCCAUCGUGAUUGCGGCGACUAUGGGUACCUCUUUCACAGCUGAUGUGCAGGCUGCCUGGCAGAAUUUCCUCGCUGUUGUCGUCUCUGCUCUGCGCAGACAGUAUCAUUAA